UUGAUAACGAACCGAUGAUUAAUAGCAAUUCAAACCUAUCAUUUGUUUAAAAAAACCCCACCUCACACCGAUAAUAGUUUCCAAAUCUACUGCAGCUUGUCGUACAAGAAGUUUCAUGUUGACCCGAGUGACCGCUAAUUAAAUUAAUUAAUGAGUAAUUGAUUACUUUAAAAGCUUUAAAUCGAAAUUUAAACUUGGAAUUGAUAUUCCAAGUUUUAGAAUCGAUGGUCGGCUGUCGAUUCACGCCGUUAACAAAAAUCGAAUCGAUCACGAAACCUCGCUGUGCGGUAAACGAAACCGGGAAUCGAUUCGAUUCUCGAUUCCGUUUGGAUCGACUCGCGAUCUUUGCGAUUCGGUUGGGAGGAGCGUGGAUCCACAACGCAGCAGCCCCCGACCGCGGGGGGCCUCAUCAGCGCGGCAAGGCCCCUUCCGCGAGCUCGACGUGAAUCGUCCUUGACGUGAAUCGUCCUCAAGUCUUUGUUGUUGUUGUCGUCGUCGUGAAUCGGGUGGCGGCGCGGACGAAUCUGCCGUCACCAACGCGGCCGCCGCCUCAGCCGCCGUGCCAGGCGCGAGGAGGAGGCCCUUCGUGGACCUCCCGAUUGAUGUGGUAGGGAGGGAUGAGUGAAUCAAGUGGGAGUGUGCCGAUGGAGAACGUGCCGCCAUCUGAGACCCAGGGCCUGACCCCAGGCCAGGGGCACAAGCUACGAGAUGGGAUUCCUAUGAGUCUCGGUACUCCUUUCCGUGGCGCUCGGGAAUUACCUCGCUCUCCACUUGCGACCCCUGGACAACCCACGCAGCUGAAGUUGGAUUUCUCAGAAAACUCGGACGUGUCGAGGGAUGUCAAUGCUUUUGAGUGCGUAGCCGAAGAGCUCAACGAUGGUAAAGUGGGAAAAAGGAAAGCGGUGGAGCAUGAGGAGAUGGUGAGUUCUAAGCGGCGCCUAAUCGACUACCCUAUGCCUGGAAACCUGCUACACCCCGGCCGACAGAUUCCACGGACACCGGCACCAGGAAUCCUGCCAGCGCUGCCGUCUCAGCUCUUUGGUUAUGAAGAGUAUGACAUUGAUCACCAAGGGCCAGUAGCUGGUCAAAGUGACUUGCUCGUCAUGCCUGCAAAACCUCAAACCACGCGGCCUGACAAACAUAAAAAUGUAAUAGAGAAAAAGCUUGAAUCUAUGAAAAUAGUUAAUAAGGUAGUUGAAAAUUUAGUGAGCAACGCGAUUCCCACGGGAAGACAACUACCACGCACGCCGCCUACCGAUGUCCCAGGCUCGGAGGAAAUGCCUGCACUGCCUCUUGAGCAGACAGCUGCUCCUGGCGGGAGACAGAAUAAUUUGCCAUCGCUGGCUGCUUGUGAAACCCACGAAAAUCCGCCAUUACAGUCCCAGGUGGAGCCAGGAAAUCUGGCGACAGCAGAAGAGAUGCACAAGCUGGAUGGUGCCAACACGAGCAACGCAAUCGCGGCUGAAAUUAUGGAUGACAACCAACGUGGUGUGAACAACCAAGAUGGAGAAAACACAUUGCAGUUUGCUGAACAAUGUUUAAACGUCUCUUUACCCAACCAUGAGGUGGAAGAUCAAACAACUGGGCAGAUAAACACAAAUGCUGAAACAAACAUCAACUGCAGCAUCCCUUUGAAAACAGGGGGUGUUGCGGAAGUGGAAUAUAUGUUGAAGGAACUGGGUGGCUACAAGCAGUGCACCCCAGACCUUGUCUUCCUGGAGCAUAAACGCCAUCUGGACCUCUUAAGCAAGCUGAAGGAGGAGCAUCUUUUAUUGACACGGCAGCAUAAGAAGUUGGCGGAGAAUAAAGAAUAUAUUGUGGCCUCAUUAGAAAAGGUGCAGCAGGACACAGAUAAAAUGACAGAGCACGUGAUGAGCACCGUGAAGCAAGCCCUGGGCUCGGGUGGACAUUCCAUCGAGGACCCGGCGGACGCACUCGCUCUUCUGCCCUCGCUCGACAUAGCACUGCUUCGGCGGCAGCAGCAAUUGCAGGCCGCACGGGGAAAACAGCUGUCACUUGAAGUGGAGCGACGCACGGCUGAAUUGCUCGCUGAGAAGUCUCACCUGGAGCUGGCUAUCAGAGAGAAGCAGGAAGAAUACCAAAAAGUGGUCAUUGAAGCGUCCAUGAAGCACCAACAGGAAGAGGGAGAGGUGAAGAAGUUGCAAGCUAUUCUGGAAAGACACAAGCAAAGUGUUAAGGCUACAAAGUUGAAGACAUCGGAGCUGCAUCGAGCGUUGCAGGAGGAUUUGAGCCAGAGCGAGGUUGGGGUGCGUGAAGCAGCGGUGCCAGAGCGACACCCAGAGCGACACCCAGAGCAGCAACGAGCCAAGGCCCGGCUGCGCCGACUGAAAGCAGCGCAAGGAGUGCGCAGAGCGCAGGCAAAAAAUGAUUAAUGACAUGCUUGCAAAACCACUAAGUCUGACGUAUAACCACCACCAACCUCGUUUAACUUUGCCUAUAUAGAAGCAUGUUUUUGUUCCCACACAACAUUCACAACUUCUCCAUCCUCUUACACCUUGAUCUUGUUUCAUGCUGGUUUCUGUCUCCAUUACCUAAGAGUCAAAUUUGAGAUGUCCUGUCUUGAGAUAUUGUUGCUCGUUGGGAAGUCGGUGAGUGUUAAAGAUGUCACAAGUGACCCACGUACACGCACCCUCCUCAGUCAUUUACCUCCUUACUCAACAGACUACUCUUGGGAUCCUUAUUUUCCAGUCUAGGUAUCCCUCGUUUUUACGAACGUUCGGUUUUGCGAAAUGUGGCAUGAACGCGAUUGGCAAAUUAUAGGACACAUUUCAAUUCACAAAAUGGAAUUUCCGCGUCAAUGAAUUAGUCACGCGCCAUGAGAUCAAACACGAAGCACCCGGGAGGCUGCGUCAUGCCCAUCCGUUACAGCGUCACGGUAUCCCUGCAGUGCAACAGCAAUGCCUCCACAUCACCUUGCCAGUCAUUCCAACAUGUAGCAGAUCUUUUCGCGAGUUCCCUGAAAAGGUAAUUUUUUUUUUUUAUUAAUGUUCUUUAUGAUUUUUGUAUUGUAAAAGGUGAUGUAGGUGUGUAUUUUUAGGGUAAGAGUAGCGUUGGGAUGACUGAAACACAUCCAUAAUUUAUGUAUUGGAAAAAUCCAUUCCUGUUUACGAGAUUUUUGUUCUCCGUGUUGCCUUUUGAGGGAAUGCUUCGUGAUGAUGUUGCAGUUCAGACAUCGGUGUCUCGAGACGGAGACAUUAACAUUUUACCCUGAGUCAAAAUGAGGAUGCACUCUCGUGAUUUGGUUGCUCUUUGGAAAGUCUCGAGUAUGAAAUGUGUCAUGUUCCUUGCACACAACCAGGCAGCAUGUUCACUCAUUUACUUCCUUGCUCAGCAGACUGCUCUCAUCACCUUCAUUUCCAAUACCGCUGCAUUGUUCCCACGUUUUUGCAUUUUUCUUUCAAAUUAUGUUGCAGUUGUGAUAUCAGCGUUGUGCUUUGAGACAGAUGUACAUCCAGCAAGCAGUAUUACACCAAUUCAGAUGUUUUCACUACCCUAGAAAAUUGUCAGAAUUAUGAGAUUACUUUUUUAAUAAGCAUCUAAUAAACACAUCUGGGGACAACUCUGUAUCUGUACCGUACCCCUGUUCAUAUGACGUCUCCUAAAAAUGUUUAGUUCUCAAGUGAAAUAAUCCGCUUGAGUUGAAAACCCAAAUACGAGAAUCAGUCUGCCUGGGUUCAACCCUGGAUAUGGGCUCUGACUAUUAUCCUACUAAGACAACCUCCUUGUCUCACACAAAUUAGUCUUGUUUAGACAAUAUUAGGCUCCGUUGACUUUCUCUACGAACUGAAUUCACGUAGUACGCCAAGUGUAAGCCUUUAAUAGAAAAUAUAUUUUUAAAUGCGGGUUUGUGUUUUCACACCAUUCUGAAUGCCAUGACAUGAAUUUAGACUUGGUCCGUUCGCUUACUGAAAGGAGGCUCAAGAGAUGCGUGUACAUUUGUUUGAAGUGCAGAAUUAGCAAUUUGUACGGUAGAUGAGUUUAUGAGGGUGAUAGUACGUGAUGGAUAUGAUGAUGCGUGAAAUAAACGAUUAAAUUGACAA